AUGGCGACGGAGGAUCGUUCCGUCCGUCAAAAAACCAUCAACGAGCGAAAGUUGAUGGCCAAGAUCGAUUGGCAUGUCCUUCCAAGCUUGUUUGUCAUGUUUCUGCUGGCAUUCCUCGAUCGUAUUAACAUCGGCAAUGCGGCAGUUUUGGGUUUGAAGGAAGACUUGCACAUUCAGACAGGCACGAAAUACAACACUGCAUUGACCAUCUUCUUCGUGCCUUAUAUCAUCUUUGAAAUUCCGUCGAAUAUCCUGCUGAAGAAAUUGAAGCCGCAUGUGUGGUUGCCAUUAAUCAUGUUCGGCUUUGGUCUGGUCACAGUCUGUCAAGGCCUCGUGUCAAACUGGGGUGGAUUAAUGACGACUCGCUGGUUCCUCGGCAUGUUCGAGGCGGGCUUGUCUCCUGGAUCUUUCUACCUUAUUGGAAUGUGGUACAAGCGCAGCGAAGCUCAGAAGCGAUUCAGCUUCUUCUUCAACUCAUCAACUAUCGCCGGUGCAUUUGGCGGGUUGCUUGCGAGCGGAAUCGGGAAAAUGGACGGGGUGCGAGGCUAUGGCGGCUGGCGCUGGGUGUUUAUCAUCGAGGGCGUGAUCACCUGCCUCGUUGCAAUGACCUGUUUCUUCACCGUCCCAGGAUUUCCUGAGGAUGUAAAAUGGCUCAGUGAGGAGGAGAGAGACUUCAUACUUUCCAAGCUGGUGGAUGAUGUGGACAAGGUUUUUAUCGGCGGACCGAUGUAUCUUGGACUGGGCGUCACAGCUUAUGGUACGAGUGUACACUCUUCUCUUAGUGAGAUACUGACGACAGCAGGGUAUGCCUAUUUUUCUCCUUCGAUCAUCAAAACCUACGGCCAUGACGCCAUCGAAACACAGCUCUACUCCAUCCCGCCAUGGGCCGCGGCGUUUUGCAUCUCCAUGCUCAUCGCCUUUUUGUCUGACAAAUUGCGCCACCGGUUUAUCUUCGCUAUCAUCCCGAUGCUCAUCGCCAUGGCCGGAUUCGGCGUCCUCCUCAACGUCCAUGACCAUCAUACCGUUCAAUACGGUGCUUUGUUUCUCGUCACGUGUGGCUGCUUCAGUGCCAUGCCCGUGCUGAUCUGCUGGUUCUCGAUGAACCUGGGUGGUCAUCGUCGACGAAGCGUAGGGACAGCAUGGCAGAUUGGGCUUGGAAAUAUCGGCGGGAUUAUUUCCACCUACUCCUUCCUCACCAAAGACGCCCCUCGCUACCAUGACGGGUACAUCAUCAGUCUGUCCUUCCUCUGUUUCUCCGCCGCGAUGGCCAGCAUCUACUUAUUGGCAGCUUUGCACGACAACAAGAACCGUGAUCGGGCCAUUGCGAAUGGGACAAUUGACUUGCAGGCUUUGUCAGACGAGGGGUUGGAGUAUAUGGGAGAUUUGGCACCGACAUUUCGCUAUGCUUACUGA